AUGUUGACCCAAGACAGAGAUGAAGAGCUUUUUUUGUUCCUUGAGUUACGUCGUCUCGAGAAAGGAUCUGAUCAUUGUAAAAGUAGUACGACGACGAUGACGUCUCAACGAUACCCUCUCCGGAGAACUGCCGCCGAUAACUUUUUGUACUCCGAGGACGAGAAGUCCGAUUACGAUUGGCUGGUUACGCCACCAGGCUCACCGAGUAAAAGCCUUAUGAACCAACACGACGCUAACCCGAUGGCUCUUAAUUCCUUGUUACAGAACUGCCGCGAAGAAGAGAAGGACAGCAUUUCAUCCAAAAACCAAACAAUUGGGCUCAAACGACCCUCGUCCUCUAACAGCACAAGGUCAACUAGUAGACCUUCCACACCAAACAGAAGGUCUACAACGACCUCACGUGCUACCUUAAUCUCUUCCUCCACCAGCAGCUCAAGAGUAACGAGCAGACAUUCUACGCCAACAAGAAGGCCUUCUUCUAGCUCUGGGACCUCACGUGCAACCCUAACAGCUGCACGUGCCAUAUUAUCCUCGUCCACUCGUAGCUCCAGAACAGCGAGCAGACCUUCUACACCAACCUCAAGGCCUUCUAGCUCUGGAACAUCACGUGCUAGCUUAACUGCACAUGCCACCACCUUAACCGCUCAAAAUGCCACCUCUACUCGAUCAAAUACAAAACCGGGAUCGAGGUCAAGUACUCCAACUCGCCGUCCCCCAACUCCGACCGGUUCUUCAACUGUAUUGAAGAGUAAACCAGCUAAACCGACUCCCUCUCCUGCAUUGAGAACAAGGCCAUGGGAACCUUACGAGAUGCCUGGUUUCUCUAUAGAAGCGCCGUCCAAUCUUAGGACUACGUUACCAGACAGACCACAAACGGCGUCGAGUCGCAGAACCAUAGCGUUUGGUACGUCUACUUCAAGAUCAGCAUCCAUGGAACGUACUGUUGCAAGGAGGCAGUCUUGUUCGCCUUCUAGAGACCGAGCUCCGAUUGGAAACGCCAAUAGAGCUGUUCCUUCGUUGCGUGGACGAAGAGCAAAGACGAGCAACGAUGAUGGUGGCUCGAUCAGUCCUGUAACUAUGGGGGAUCAAAAGGCCGAGAGAGUUGUGAACAUGAGAAAACUUGCUCCACCACGACUGCCAGAAAACCUAUCUAAAAGCUCCAUCGACAUGGCCUUGAGACAUAUGGAUGUGAAGCGAGGAAGCAUGACUGGCAAUUUCCGACAGCCAGUGACGAAAGUUCCGACAGCUUCAGUGUACAGUGUGAGAUCAGUAGGGACCAGGAGAAAGCGGCCAGUGAGCAGCAGCGGCAGCUCGGAAUCGAGUGUCAACAUCUUGUUCUUAGACGGUAGCGACGAUAAUCUCAGCGAGAGAAGCUACUCUUAA